AUGGGCGGUGUGACUAUCAUCAAACACGUCCGUGUCUUCGACGGCGAGACCGUUGCGGGGCCUAAAUCGGUGGUUAUCGAGGGGUCACAUAUCGGCGACGACGCACUUGCUGACGACCCGGAUCCAUCAGGGACUGUUGUCGUCGAUGGCACGGGCUGCACGCUGCUGCCUGGCCUUAUCGACUGCCACGUGCAUAUCCGCGACGAGGCGCAGUUAGCUUCAUGUGCGUCUUUCGGGGUUACGGCAGUUUGCGAUAUGGCGAGCUUUCCCCUAGAGAAAUAUGUGAAGCUACGUGCGGCAAGGACACCAACAACGUGGCUUAGCUCCAGUCUCCCCGCAUAUGAGGAGAACUCCAGACAUGGUAAGCUAUUCAAACUAGGUGGUAUCACGCCCGACAAUGCAGUCCACAACACCGACGAAGCAGCCAAGUUUGUGCAAAAUCGAAUUGAUGAAGGGGUCGACUACAUCAAGAUCAUCGCUGAUUUCCCAGGCCAUGAGCAAGCUGUUCUGAAUAAAAUUCAGGUCGAGGCAAAGAAGCACGGGAAAAUGACCGUUGCUCAUACAGCUCAGUACUUGGCAUUCGAACGCGGGCUACAAGCCGAUUUCGACGUGCUAACUCACGUGCCGAUGGACAAAGCGCUCGAUGAUAGCAUCGUUGGUAAGAUGAUCAGCCAGAAGACCAUUACGGUACCAACGCUAUCGAUGAUGGAAGCCAUGACCAGUAGUUGGAUUUUGUGGGGAAUUAGUUGGAUCAUGUCGGGAUUGAGGGGGAGGAAGUUCCAAUAUUCACUAGAUAGUGUGACGGCGAUACGUAACGCAGGUGUGCCCAUCCUCGCCGGUACAGAUGCGAAUAAUAGCGGUAUCGUCACGAUUGUGCCCGGGAAAUCAUUGCAUCACGAAUUAGAGCUACUCGUGCGUGCUGGAUUAUCACCUGUUGAAGCCUUGAGGGCGGCUACGUCGUUGGCUGCGCAGCAUUUUAAUCUCCCAGAUCGGGGUCGAAUCUCACCGGGACUUAGGGCCGACUUAGUUCUAGUGGAGGGUAAUCCGGAUGAAGAUAUCACCACGACACAAAAGAUAUCGAGGGUUUGGAGCAAUGGCGAUGAAGUAGCAGUAGCUGCAGUCUCACAAGGAACCAUUUUAGGAAGUUGCGCGGUUAUGUAG